CAAAUCCACAUCCCAAUCCCAUAAUCCCGUUCGAAUUCGCCCUAGAGGGAACGUGCAGAGGGCAUCCUAUUCUGAGACACGAGAAGGCGCCGAGCCCCGCGAGCUUGAGAGGUAGAGGGAUAUAGAGAGGGAGAUCUGCGCUCUAGGGUUUUGGUAUAUCCAGGUUUCCCAAGGGGGCGAGUGUGAGAGAUUUAGAGAGAGAGGGGUGAGAACGCUGAGUGCUGAGCUGAGAGAGAAGGUGGAGAGAAUUUUUCUAUUUUUAAAUGUUUUAGGAAUUUCUCCCCCUGCUGCCGUCGGUUCUCUGUCCUUGCAUCUUGUCGAAUUUCCUCAUGGAGCAGCGAAAACUUGUGGUUUUGGGUAUUCCUUGGGAAGUCGAUACUGAGGGGUUGAAAGAUUAUAUGAGCAAAUUUGGUGAAUUGGAAGAUUGUAUUGUCAUGAAGGAGCGGUCAACUGGCCGGUCUCGUGGUUUUGGAUAUGUUACAUUUGCAUCAGUUGAUGAUGCUAAGACAGCAUUAUCAAGCGAACAUGUUCUUGGCAAUAGGAUGCUGGAAGUCAAAGUGGCCACACCAAAGGAGGAGAUGAGGGCACCAGUGAAGAAAGUUACCAGAAUUUUUGUGGCCAGGAUUCCACCAUCUGUAACAGAAGCAACUUUUAGAAGUCAUUUUGAGAAAUAUGGUGAGAUAACAGAUUUAUACAUGCCAAAGGACCAGGGCUCAAAAUCACACCGGGGAAUUGGUUUCAUAACUUUUGCUAAUGCAGAAUCUGUGGAGAAUUUAAUGGCAGAUACUCAUGAACUGGGAGGUUCUGCUGUGGUUGUUGAUCGGGCAACACCAAAGGAAGAUGAUUUCAGGCCUAUUGGCAGAAUGUCACAGGGAGGGUAUGGUGCAUACAAUGCAUAUAUAUCUGCAGCAACUAGAUAUGCAGCCCUUGGUGCUCCUACUUUGUAUGAUCAUCCUGGCCCAGUUUAUGGAAGUAAGGGAGAACCCAUUCGUGGAAUGGGCAAAAAAAUUUUUGUUGGCCGCCUUCCCCCUGAAGCAACAGCUGAUGAUCUUCGCCAGUAUUUUGGAAGGUUUGGCCGUAUUUUAGACGUAUAUGUUCCAAAGGAUCCCAAGAGAGCAGGCCAUAGAGGUUUUGGUUUUGUAACUUUUGCUGAAGAUGGUGUAGCAGAUCGUGUCUCUCGGAGGUCUCAUGAGAUUUGUGGACACCAGGUUGCUAUAGAUUCAGCCACGCCUCUUGAUGAUGCUGGGCCCAGUUCGAAUUUUAUGAUGAGCAGUGUGGAUACUUUUGGGGGAUAUGGUGGUCCUAUGCGCACCUAUGGGAGGAUGUAUGGUAGCCUGGACUUCGAUGAUUGGGGUUAUGGAAUUGGAAGUGCAAGACCAUCGAGGGCAGAUUGGAGGUAUAGGCCAUACUGAGGAGCGUGAAGCAUGAGUUUCAACAAUUAGUGGUCUUUCUACCAUCAGCUCCGUUGGUUUGGAUUGACCUCUCUUUUGUAAACAUCCAGAUAAACACUUUGUUGUUACUUUAUUAACUUAUUCAGUUAACAGUAAUGGAACGCGUGGUGAAAAAACGGAUUGGCGUCUGUAACAUGUACUUUGCAGGCAUGUCUACUGUUAUAUGUUCUCUUAUUAUAGCCCCUAGCUCAAAGGGAAAAUUAUAUCGAUGUGAUUAACUUUUAAAUUUUAUGAAUUCGAUGAUUUCAUGGUUAUUUUCA